AUGCCCAGCACAAUCUUAAAUUGGCCUAUUCACCCUCCUCUAGGCAUUUUGAGUCAUCCUGCAGGUAUUAUCACUGUCAACUAUCGCUGGAUGUAUCCAAUAGAAAGGCUUCUCGGAGAGCUGAAAAAAAGUGUACGCAACAGGGCGAAGCCCGAAGGAUCAAUCGUAGAGGCUUGGGUUCAAUAUGAGUCGCUUACUUUCUGCGGAAUGUAUUUAAAAGAUGUGGAGACGGUUUUCAAUCGUCCUCAGCGCAAUCAUGACGGAGGUAUGAGAAAUGAAAAACUUUCUGUUUUUGCCCAAAGCGCACGACCCUUUGGAGAUCCUGGACGCGGAGAGUCGUUUUCUAGAAAUGACAUGGAGGUAGCGCAUUGGUUCGUACUGAACAAUUGUGAUGAGAUCAUGGGAUACUUAUAUGAGCAUGAAGAGAUGAUGAAGCGAGAACAUCCAUCACAUUUGGUUGCCCAGAAACACCGUGAAUUGUUUCCACAAUGGUUUUUGGAUUCUGUGAAUAAGUUGAAAUCAUCGAAUUCCCCAACUUACAGUGAUGAGUUAUAUAACUUGGCGUUCGGCCCGAUUCGCGCUGAAUUGUUCUCGGGUUGUAAUGUCAACGGCGUCAAAUUUUUGGGCGAAGCACGAGAUGACAAGUUGUGUACGCAAAACAGCGGUGUCCAUGUCCCAGGUGGAGGCAAAAGUACGGACAUUGAUUUCUAUGGCAAACUCACAACUGUCGUGCAAUUGCUUUACAAAGAUUGA